AUGUCACAGCUGGCUGGCAGCCAGUCAGGGUAUGCCCCUGUCCCUCAACAUGACACCUCAGAUGUGCCUGGCCCUCAGUAUCCCCUCACGGGCGAAGGCAUGGAGAAAGGUGAGCCGGAUGGCUGCAUCAGGGAAUGCGCCGGCAUCUCCGAGAUUCUAUGCACUUGGAUGAACCUCUUGCUCGUCUUCGUGCCACUAGGAAUAUACAGCCAUUUUUAUCACUGGAGUGCGGCAGCGCGCUUUACGUGUAACUUCGUGGCUAUCGUUCCCUUGGCCGCCAUCUUGGGUGGUUCCACCGAAGCCCUGGCCGCCCACACGGGGCAAAUGAUCGGCGGGCUCUUGAACGCAACCUUCGGAAACGCCGUGGAGAUGAUCGUGACUGUGAAUGCCAUCAAGGCCGGCCUCGUCAACGUAGUGCAGGGGAGCCUCUUGGGGUCCAUUCUCUCCAACAUGCUCUUGGUCCUUGGCAUGUCCUUCUUUGCGGCUGGGGUGGUGGAGAAAGAGAGCAGGUUCAGCGCCAAGGGGGCCUCUGCAAACAUGACAUGUUUAACGCUGGGCUCCAUUGCUCUGGCCUUGCCCACGAUCUACAACUGCAUGGAGAAUACCUCCACAGAGGAUGUGCUGAGUAUCUCACGAAUCUCCUCCGCGGUCAUCGCAUUCGUCUACGUGCUCUUUCUCAUCUUCCAGCUCUUCACCCAUGCCCACUUGUUCGCAUCAGAGGGCGGCGAGGACGAGGAAGUCUCCAUUUCCGCUCUGUCGGCUGUCCUUCUGCUGAUCUUUGCGACGCUUGCCGUGGCCAUAUGCUCCGAAUACCUCGUGGACUCUAUCGAGGGCGUCACCGAGGAAUUUGGCCUGCCAGGAGCUUUCAUUGGUGUGAUCCUGCUGCCGAUUGUGGGGAAUGCCGCCGAACAUGCAACCGCCGUCACCGUGGCCUUCAAGGGCAAGAUGGACCUUGCAUUGGGGGUCGCGGUGGGAUCAUCGACGCAGAUAGCUUUGCUUGUGGUGCCAUUCUCGGUCAUCGUUGGCUGGGCAUUUGACGUGCCGAUGUCUCUAGACUUCCGAAUCUUUGACACCACGGUGAUGAUUCUCUCCGUGUUCAUCACACACACCGCACUUCAAGAUGGCUGCUCAAACUGGCUAGAGGGAUCGAUUCUGAUCGCCAUCUACGUCCUGAUUGCAAUCAUCUGCUGGUACAUACCUGAUGCAGACGGGUCUCAAUGA